AUGCUAAAGGAGUGUGACAGCAGCAGCAAUUUCACAAGCAGGGAUCUGAUAGAGGAAUACAAGACGUUCUACAUUGCGGGCCAUGAGACCACAGCCAUCUUACUAACCUGGGCUUUGAUGCUACUGGGAGGCUAUCUUGAAUGGCAAGAAUGUGUUCGUGCUGAGGGGGUGGGAAUGAUCCUUUACAAAACUCUGCGGCUGUAUCCACCAGCCAUCGAGAUGACCAAGGAGUGUGUGGAGGAGUCUUGGCUGCAAGAUUUACACGUUCCAAAAGGAGUAUCUGUGUCGUUUCCAAUCAUUGGAUUGCAUCAGGAUAAGGAGCUCUGGGGAGAAGAUGCAGGCCAAUUCAAUCCGGAUCGCUUCAAAGAUGGGAUCUCAAGAGCGUGCAAGCAUCCCAAUGCUUUCAUGCCGUUUUCGUUUGGGCCGUGGCCAGUCGUUUGCAAUGAUCGAAGCCAAAGUCAUUCUGGCUAUAAUACUACAGCAAUUCUUGUUCCGGCUUUCACCGAACUACUGCCAUAA